GUCUGUCUGUCUGUCUGUUCACCUAUCUGCUUGUCUGUCUUCCCACUUGUCUGUCUGUCUGUCAGGAGGGCAGGAAGGUUGAGAUGGAGGUCUGGCCAGGCCGUGUCUGACCCCAGCACCAAGAACAAGGAGAAUGGAUUCCAGAAGUUGUCAGCAGGCAGGGUGAAGAUCACAAUCCUCAAAGAUCAACCUUACACUGCAGAGGUGCGUGGCGUGGCGGAGAGGGCCCUUCCCCCUGCAUCCAGCGGUCAGCUGUCCAGCAGGAAGUCUCAUCUGACAGGCAAGGCCUGUGGUCAGUGUGAGGCCAGGACGGCAGGACUGAUGUGUGCCGAGUGUGGGGAGGACUACUGUGUGGGCUGCUUUGCCAGGUUUCACCAGAAGGGGGCGCUGAAGCUCCACAGAAUGAUUCCCAUUCAGACAGAGAUCCACACCUCCGUCAGCACGUUGGAUGUGGUUAACCGCUUUCAGAGACAGGUCCAUCCCGAUCCUAAUCCUAACCCCAACUCCAAGAUCCCAGGGCCUGGAUCCCAGAAUGCUGUGAGAGGAGGGGACAACAAAAGUCAGGGUCCAACCACCACGACUCAAGGCCAGCACACAAAGGUCCUGUUUUUAAAUGCGGGAAGGGAGGAAGGAGAGGAGGACUAUGAUGGUGAUGGUGAUGAGGAGGAGGAGGAGGAAAGGAGCAGGUCAUUCCUGCUGGGAGGGGAGUACGACGAGGAGGAGUCAUCACGCUCCUUCCAGGAGGCCCUAAGAGAGUGGAGGGGAGGAAGGAGAGAGGGAGGAGAGAGGAGAGAGGGAGGUCAAGUUGUUUGGAGGCCUGUGAAGGCCCAGCCAGGCUCAGUGGUGCGUGCGACCCAGGCUGAACUGGGGGGGCCAGACAAAGGGGGGCUGACUGGGGGGGCUCCUAUAAGGGUGGAGUUCCAGCAGCACAGCCUCAGCUACCUGGACAGACUGCUGCUUAAGAAACACCGCAGAACACCAAUCGAAGCCUAUGAGCCGCUUUACCCUCCAGCCUUUUCCCCAACAGACACGCACAGCGAGGGGGAGAUGACACACAGCCUGACAGCUGAGGAGGUGGAGCUGAGGCGCUACUGCGCAUCGCUGUUCUCUGUGGUGUCCAGUCCGCAGCCCGAGAGAGACCCAUCUGGAGCGUGUCUGAGCAUUCAGGAACUGGAUGAGACUCUUGGAGGCGGUGUGGGUAAGGAGGUCUUUGUUGCUGAAGAGGAGGAAGACAAGCACACACAAUUCACUCUCCCUCCACUGGUCUUGAAGGAAGGUACCAUACAUCCCCCACAACUUGAACUCAAUGCAACACAGUCACCCCAAGCCAUCCACUCAACACCAUGGUCACCCCAAGCACCCAGCCAGCUUACAGCACGGUCAAAGCCCAAAGUGAGAGCGUCAGCAGUUCAGCUGUCACCACUACUGGGCGGCUCUCCAAGGAGACCCAAGACAUCCACCAAGACUCCACCCCCUGAGAUCCCCUCCGACGUCCACCAGACGAGCCUGCUCCUCACAUCUCCAGGACUCCACUCCUCCGUCUCCUCACGCCAGUCCGACUCACCAUCCGCCUCUCCCUCCUCCCCUUACCACCUCCCCCCGUCCUCCCCCCCGUCCGCUGUCUUCUCAUCAUCUCCCCCCUCCCCCGCCCUUGCCUCCUCAGAGAGGUCAACCUUCACCCUCGCCCCCCCAAGCUCCCCGGCCCCCAACCGCUCAUCUCCGCUACCCAAAGGCUCCCGCUCCUCCCGGAUCAUACACUCCCCUCCCUCGGAGCUUCAUUCCCUCCCGGAUCGCGCACCUCCACCCUUCACGCCUUCCAAGCUGACCAGGCUGAAUGCAAACACUCGGCUGUCACCUCCACCGUCACCUCCAGAUAGUUUGUCAUCAUCGAGGGCCAAGUCCACUCCAUUUAGGCACCUCCUUCUUUCUCCCAGCCCCUCCCUCUCUUCCUGUAGUCUUCCUGAGUGCACUCCUUCACCUCAGGAUACACGGUGUAUAGUGUCUCCCCCACCCUCCCCCAGUCUCAACCUUUCCUCACCCAACCAGUUGUCCUUCAGGCUACAGUCACCAUCACCUUCCCUGUCAGGGUCAGAUGUCAAGCAGGAGAAGGUCCCUGAGACCUCCCCAAGAAUAGGGUCACCACUCAUGCUGAUGUCAGACUCGGAGGACGAAACAUCCAGCCACACCCUGGGGAUGACCCCCAGUGAGGAAGACUCCUCUUACGAGGAGGAGAUGAAGGUGGAGGAGUGGAGGAGCGGAGGAGCGGAGGGGAGAGGGCACACGUGCACACACACACAGACUGACCCAGUGGAACCUAUACCUGACACUGGACCGGGUCUGCUCUCAGAACCGUCAAUGGCCUUGCGUGUUCUGGCUCAGAGUGUGGGGUCCGGAUCCGACCGGUUCUGUGGUCUGGAAGGGUUCUUGACUCUGGGUCUGGACCUUGGUUCUGCCCAACCAAGCCCAAGCCUGGUACCUACACAUACUGACCAGGACACACACCACAAUGCACACAGCCCGUUGGACCCACUCAACACAGGGUCAAAUAGCUGGAGGCCCAGUAGCAGCUUAAGAGGCUACACUGAGGAUCACCUGUUCACCAUGGUCAUGACCGACAGGCCCAGCCAGCCAAUCCAAAGUUGCGUAGCCACACCCACCAGGAGACAAGCUGUGUCAGCACGUGGACAUCGUGGUGGGAUUGUUGGAGCCACGUCCAGGCUGAGACGCCCGGCCAGCUCCUUCUCUCGCUCGGGGUCUGCCCCCCCCCUUCGCCCCCUGUCCCGGGCGGCGCGGGAGAUCCAGGAGAUCAGUGGUGUGGAUGAGGAGGACUGGGGACAUCCCAAGCUGCUGGAUGAGGAUGCUGACUCACUGGCUCUCAGCCGCCUGGAGGACGAGUUCAGACGCAUGGCUCCAGAACCAGGUCAGCCAACAGGGGUCCAAGAGAUCAAGGACGCAUCACUUCCGGGGGGAGGAUUUACAUUCGAGGGGCGGCACAAGAGAUGGGGUCCUGACAAGGCUGUGGUCAGUGAAUAUCAAUCAGACAAAGAAGCAGAGAUGAGGGACCAGUUGAGAGACCAGCAGAGUGUCCUGUCAUUACCCUAACACACACACACUAUAGAACGCAGCAGCAUUCCUGUUUUUAAAAGUGUGUUUCUGACGCUAAAUUGUUUAUACUUUAAAACACAGAUUUGAUGUCAAUACGGGUGCACUGACUGAAUAUGAUUCAUUAUUUUGGAAUGCAUGCCGGCCGUGCUAAUUUGUUGUGCUGUGAAUAAAAACAUGACUUGGGGGUA